AUUUUUUUUUUUUUUUUUUUCCCCAGUAAGUAUUUAAAUAAUGCCACCUAGCGAUCCCAAUCAGCCUGGCUAUGAAUAAUGUGGAAAAAUAGGUGUAAAUGUUUACUGGCUGCAUGAACUGUUUGAAUUCUGUAGCCCGGGAAAACUGCCGCAGUCUGUCACAUGUCACUAUCUGUCACUCACACAGCUUGAUUAAACCGUAACGGUCAGCACCAACUACCGCCAGAAAUUAUUUAUGUUGCCUCAGAAUCAUAACUUCAUAUCAAAAAUCAUUUGCUGGUAAGUCCCAUUUCUUUAAAAUGAACUAAACAAUUGUAGUAUCCGUUAAACAGUUGUUUGCUUGCUAAUCUGUCAUGAAAACACGUAAUGAUAUGUUUGAUGUAAUUGAUGACUGCAGCCGUCGGGCUCGCGCGUGAACAGACUUUACGUUCAAUUCUACAAUAUUUUUAAAACACAUUUUUUUUUAGACAUUUUACAGCCUGGAUAUGAAGCCCAAUGUCUGGAAUAUUAAGGAGAUGUUGAACAUCCUGCAACUUCUGGGUAUAGGGAUAAAAUCUGGUAAGGGUCCGGGAACCAGUGACUACUCCAGCCUGACUGACUCUCAGUUUCUGUUGGGCUCUCAAAUGUGGCCUGACAAUUCACAAGGGUUUACUCAGGAGAUGAGUGGGCAGAGCAGAGGUUCUCAGCAUACCUCACAGGAGAUGAAGGAAAUUACGGUGUCCAGCAGUUAUAGUUCUAAGCCAUUUUUGUUUGGCGGUGAUGGAAAAAUCCUAAACUUCACUGGUGGCAAAUCUGUUGGCAUGUUGGACAGAUUUGAGGAGGAGAAGAGAAAAGCCAAAGAAAAAUUUGAAAGGGAAGUUCUAACUAAUGGAAUUCUACAAUUGCAAGAAUCUCUGGAAAAUACCAGAGAGACUUUAUUAAAUUCCAUUGAUGGAAGCAGUGACAUUACCAGAAAAGUUUUAGUGGAGAGAAUGGAUAAUUUUUCAAAAAUAAUUGAAGGUUAUUUAAACACUGUGAAAGAGGGUAUAACAUGUCAAUUUGAGACUAUGCAGAGCCAAACACAAAUAGAAAUGGAAGACAGAGAAGUUAAGAGCAGUCUGGCUGCAAAAGAGUUGAGCUCAAACAUGCUUAACCUCCAACGGGAUCUGGAACAUCUAAAAGUAGAGCAGAGCAAGGAGCAGGGCAUGCUGGGAAAAAUUCUUUCUCAGCUUACCACUUUGAUUUCUAUUCACAAGCCAAUAGCAGGACCUAGCUCUGCCAGAAUGAUUGACAGUGAAGUCCAAACAUCACCUGGUCUGUUAGAGAGGUUCUGUGUCAUUUCAAAUGAGAAACACCAAGAGAGCACGAUGAUGUGCAAUAGGCCUGCCAUUUAUUCAGGAAAAGAAAUAGAACAGAACCAGUGUCCACUUACCACACAGAAGACACAAAACAGAAAUGCACACGCUCUGCCUGUACAAAAACAGCAGACAGCAGUCACACAGGUGGUUUCCCAUGAUGCUUCACAGAGAUUAUGGUGCACACAGUUAGUUGAGACCACAUCUUCAAGCCCACUUGUGGAUACUCAAUCUACUGCAUCCAUAGAGGAGCAUGAAAAACAUUAUGUAGACAGACACCUGGUGCCUGAAAAAACAUGGAACAGAUUGAGCACUGAUGCGUUGCCACCUCUGAAAGUACCUAGGAGGCGCCAAAAAGCCCUGAAUUAUAGGGGGAAAAAGAGAGCCUUGGUUCUCCCACAAAGACAACCACUGAGAAAAAAAGGAGCAGUGAAAUUUUCAAAGGACAGCCCACAGAAUGAAGACUUUCAGUGUGAACAAAAAGACAGAGUACCUUUGUCUUCUCUUUGUGACAACUGGAAAAUGACCAACAAAUCUGUUGCAGAGAAUCACUUAAAACUACAGCAGCAAGCCACUGUAGCACCAGUCAGUAGGUGUGUAGCUGAACAACCACUAAACCCCUUCAGUUUGUGGUCUGAGGACACAGAGAGUUCCCAAAUGAUGGUGGAAUACAAGAUGGCUGAGUGGGAAAAUGUGGUGCCUGAACCUAAAGCUAGUGUCGUAGUAGGAGAAGGUGGCCUGUGGCAGCUCUUUGACUUUACUAAUGACUCAGAAUAAAAUGCAGAAUACCUCCAUACUGUAUGCUGAUUACACUUAGAUUCUAUGUUGAGUUUUUUUAGUAAGAACUCGAAAUUGCCUGUGAACAUGCAAACCUUGUUAUCUAACCACUUUUCUUGCUAUAGACAUUAUCUGUUCCUUUUCUGUUGCUGUUCCUUGUUGAUUCUUUUUUGAACAUUGGUACAUAUGGAUGGUAUAAAAACUGUAAGACAGUUUGGCAGACUUAACUGCCUCUAAAAGCAUUGUUCUAGUUUACUUGUACCAUAUGACUCUAAAGCAAUAACAUUCAAGCACAUUCUGUAAUUCAGACAUGUCAUGUUCUUUUUCACAAACCAUAUUCCAGAAGUUUGUGAAUAAUUUGUUUUGGCCUUGCAAAUAUUUUAGACAACCUCAGUGUAACAUCAAAAGGUACAUAAUCAUUUACAAAUAUAUAUUCAAUUUUGUUUGCAUUUGGAACAUGACACAGAUUUAGCCUUGUAAGUUGGACAGAUAAUUAUAUGUUUAAUAAAUUGCAUCGUCUGCUUAAAGAUACAGUA